AUGAAGCGGCAAAAUGUUGAGCCAGCACCGGAAAAUCUGGUGGCUGCGGGGCCCUCCUCAGGUGGAGGUGAGCCACUGCCUCGCGAUGCUGAAGAGGAGCAAGCUGUUCAACGCGGAAAAAGUGUAGACGAUACUCGACAUGCUGAACUUCGGCAGCUACGGGAGCGUGAGCACACUCGACUAUUGGAGCAGACAGAAGAGGAAGGCACUAUGCGCUAUCUUUUUCAACGGCUGUCUGAGGAUAUCCGUGAAGUUUUUUACGAGCUUAAUCUUUCCAUCAUUGCUGCUGAGAAAGAGCGUCUCCUCAAGGAUGCGCAGUACCAAAAGGAGAGGGAGGCGCGAGAUAAGCAAGUCGAGAAGCAGAACAUGGAAAGGCUAUUGCGAGAGGUCAAGGAGCGUGAAGAGCGUGAGGAGAAGUUUUGGAGUAGAGCCGAGGAGCGUGAGCAAGAAUUCCGAGCCUUGAUAGAGGAACGCUUGAGGAAGGAUGAGGAGGAGCGCGAGGCGAGACUCAAAAGGGACUUACAGGAUAGCGCAGAGCGUGCACGAAAGGAUAGGGAGUUAAGGAACCAAUUAGAAAGCCUUGAGCGGGAGCGGCGUUCCCAAGCCACCGCAGAUGCACAUCAACGGGAUAAUUUGUUCAUCCAAAACCAGAUAGAAAAUAUCAAGUCUCAGUAUGCUGCCCAAUUGGAGGAUAUUCGGAACCAAAACGCGAUCCAACAUGCACGCCUAGAAGAGUCUCACCGUUCUGAGCUUGAGAUGAUCCAGAGGCGGUAUGAUGCAGACUCUCAGCAGCUGAUAAAUCAGCACGCCAAGCAACUUGCGCUGGCAGAGGCACAAUUCGGGAAGGUUGACAAGUUGGAAAGGAUCUUGGAAAGUCUUCAUGCCGAGAUCGAGGCGUCAAAGAAGCUAAGCGAAACACUCACUGAAGAGCGCUUGAAUACCCUCCAGGGCAAGGAGCGGCAGCUUGAAGAGCAAAACUCUCUCCUGCAGGCUUUGAUGAACGAUCUUCAAGAUGGGAAACAACAGCUGGAAAAGGAGCGAGCUCGUAUUUCCACCCUGUAUGCCAAGUUCGAGCUCCUACUCGGGAACUUCACGAAAAACGCUGAGGAAGAUCGCCGACAGCUCCAAGAGUCUCAGAGCCGCAUGGAGACGCUUCGCCAGCAAACCGAUAAAGACCGCCGAUUAAUGCUCAGCGAGAUCUUUCAGGAGCGUAAAGUGCUCGAACAACAGACCGAAGAGUUCUUUUCUCGUAAGAUGGAAGCUAUGAGCGAGUUGCAGGAGGAACGCUUGGCAAUUUCCCGGGAGCGAACCGAAGCAGCCAUCUCACGGGAGCGUCAAAAUCGCGACGAAACCGAGUUGCUCAAGUCCUUGCGUUCCCGUGAGGAGGAGUACGCGAUGAAGAUUGAGUCUAUUGAUGCGGACCGCUCGGCCAUUAGCCAAAUGAAGUUGGAGUUGAAGCAAGCGUUCGAAAGGAUGGCCGCUGAUCGGGAGGCAAUAAGAAAGGAGCGAGAGAUAUUCGAGCUUGAAAAACAAGAGCUUCUUGUCCGUUUUGAUGAGAUACGGCGCCGUGCGCACGACGCUGCGAGUGCGCAAGAAAAGAUGCGCACAGCUUUAGUUCAGGAGCGCGCUGCGACGGAGUUCGGCAUUGACCGCCCGCCACCGAGGCCCUUGCAAUCGCAGCCACGGCCAUCUCAGCACACCGACCCCGGCUCGAUGGCCGCCGCCAUGACGAACCUUCAGAUAGACUUAGCGCAUCAGCGCGCGAUAUUGGGGCGGAUGUCGACGCCAUAG